AUGGAUCCUACUCCAGUACCAGUCAGUGUAGUUUCUACAAGGAAAACAUUAGCCAUUCAGGCUAAUGGAAGCUUAGGGGGAUACUUACAGCAUAACCUCAUUGGAAGUGGGCAUCAAGGACCAGAAAUGAUGACUCGUAUAAUCAUGUCGUUGAAGUCGGGAAUUCAGGAAGAGGUAGAAUGGGCAUUGACAUCGUUGUCGCAGAUUUCGUGCACAUCGCCUAGCUUGGUGAAUUUUGAAAAAACGCCAUAUUUGGCUCAUGAGUUGAUAGGCUAUUUCAUAAAGCCAUUCCAAAUGAUGCUAGAGAAAAAGGACCUGAUAAUAACUCAGGGAGAGAUGCUGUUGAGUCUUGAUUCGUUGCUUUCAUUGAGGAAUUUGGCGCAGGAUUUGGUUAAUCAGCAGUAUUUGUCUCAAUUGAAGACGUUGAAGAAGCAUCUCAUUGAGGUUUUGAAGAUAUUUGUUCAUUGGUUCUAUGUCGGCGAUGUGAGAUCGCACCAUCUAACUCGAUUCCACAACCAGUUCAGGGAGGGGCUUAAUUACUUGAUAGACUUGUUAGAUCCGUUGAGUUGUUACUAUGUUGAUAACACUAAAAACGACUCCUUAUUCAACCAACUAUUAUUUGCUUCUCUCCAUACAAAAGACAAAUACUUAUUAAUUAAUAUCAUGAUAAUUAUAUCACAUUUAUUAUUUAUUAAAGAUACGACUACUAAGCCUACGGAAGGCGAUAAUAAUAAUAAUAACGAAAAGCAACAAGAAGAGUUGGAGGAAGAAUUAAGUAAAACCCCAAAUAAUUGUAUUGAUGCUAUUGAAGAAGUCCACCUUGAAAACUUCGUCUUCUUCUUAUUAAUAGCUGAUAAUGAACUUUCAAUUGCCACCUUGGAGUUCCUUAAACAAUACUUGUCUUCAGAGGCACUUCAUCCAUCAUAUCCAACAUCUGUUAAAGAUUCCCAGGCUUAUAGAUUGAAAAAACUCUUACAAAUCAAAUCUUCAAAAGCGAUAUAUCAAACCUUGAUCAAGGAGUUACCUAUUUUAAUGGUAUCUAAUUUAUCGUUAAAUGAUCCUUCAAAAAUUCCAGAUAUGCCUCCAUUGAGUUUAACUAAAAGGUCGCAAUACAUAAGCGUGCCAACCGUAUUGCCUCUGUUAUCAAAGCAAUUAUACGAUAUCAUAGUUAAGUUUCCAGAACCUUUAAGAGCUACCACAUGGUUACGUUGUUGCUACGAGCCAUUUUCAAAGGCUAAUGAAGCAAAUGUCAUAUCAGAUUCUAGUGAUGUAAUUCCUGGGGAAGUUACCCAAAUUUCAUUAUGGAAAGCUUAUGAAAAGCAAUUUGAAGAAGUAUGGCAAACAUCCAAAACCCAAGCAAACCCUGAGUGGCCGCCCUUAUUGCCAGCGGUUGAUUUCAUAAAGAAUGUGAAUUCGGCAUUCCCGAAUUCUGAGGCUAUGGUGGUCAAUUUAAAUCCCGAAUCUACGGAGCAACAACCAAAAAAGAAGUUUAUUAUCAAGGGAAUCCAGCCAAGACAAUUUGUGGUUAAUAUCGACAUUGGUAACUAUGAAGCAUUGAGACAAAAACCAACUCCAAACUCAGACUCCACCUUGAAUGCCGAUUCAAAAAUUUUACCAAUCGGCCAUAUUGAUAUUGACAAAUUCCAGCACAAUUUAAAUAACUUAUCUGAGGCAUUAUUGUCUCACUCUUCACGUCUAAGGAAAGAUCUGAAAGAAGUCACUCCAAUUAAUUUAAUAAGCCAUGAUUUGUUGGAUUAUAUUAUAAACGAGGUCCUUGAUAACACUGAAUCUAAUGAACUACAAGAUUUAUUUAGACUCUAUAAUAGCCACUGGUUACCAGACUUGAUCUAUUCGAAUCCUAGUCUUAUUGAAAGUGGUCUUGUUAACAGUAAGUGGUUAAAAUACUUACUCUAA